ACUCUGUCCUGAUGAAGUCUGAUCAACAAUCAGCACGCGUGAUGUUUCUCUUAACAGUAUUGCUUCUGCCGGUUCUGUCCGUCUCCGGCUCUGAUCGAGUGUAUCAGCGCGUGGAUCCAGUAACCGGACAGACCAUCGUGUGUGAUCGGUGUCCGCCGGGGUUCCGCCUGAGCGCGCACUGCACGCGCUCCCGUCCGACAGAGUGUGUCCCGUGCGGCGCGGAUCUGUACACGGAGUUCUGGAACUUCAUCCCGAACUGUCUGCGGUGCGACGCGUGUACCGACCGUCAGCGGGUCGUUCGGGCGUGUAACGGGACCGUUAAUACCGUGUGUGAAUGUGAGGUCGGGUUUUAUUGGGAUCAAUUCUUCUGCAAGAGACACACCGUGUGUAAACCGGGACACGGAGUCAAACCAUCAGGUACCCCACACACAGACACGGUAUGUGAACUCUGCGCAGAUGGACUGUUCGCUGACAUCACGCAGACACACGCGGCAUGCGUCACUCACAGCGCAUGCGGGUCAGAUGAACAGCUGGUGCUGCCGGGAUCCAGGUGGCAUGAUAACGUGUGUGCCACAUGUGACCAGAUCACAGAGAAAGGUGGACUAAAAGCUCAAUUUGUCUGAGUAAAAUCUCUCUAUGCAGAAAUAUAUCUCCACUGAAAAAUAGACGUUCACCCAAAAUGUUCUAGCCACUCCCUUGUUUGUGAUCUACACUAAAAAAUCAGUUUCUCUUCUAAACGUGUUUUCUUUGCUUUAGUUAAAUGUGAU